GAUCGUCCUGUACGCCGAGGUGCAUUGUGGGGGAAACGUCAGCCAGCCGCCAUAUCGGUCUGAAGGAGAGAGUCUGGAGGAGUCAUGAGGGGAAUCCGCUCUCUGAACAACCUCUCUGUGAGUCUCUGUCCUCUUUGUCGUCUUGUAACCAACACGAGCUGAACCGGUCUGGUUGUUCGUUUUUUGGAAAAACCUCCGAAUUAAAGGCGCAGUCGGCUCCGGCUAGUUAGCAUGCUAGGUGGCUAGCUAAUGCAGGUUUUUGAUACGUUAGUGUUGAGGCUCUCCGGGGUUUCACCUCAAUCAUCUGCAUUUCUUCUUUAAUUUAAUAAAAUGCGGUUAUAAAGACGUCCUCCUCGUUUUCUUUACCGCUUGUGUAGCUCUGUGUGUGUUUUUCUCCAGCUGGAUGAAACCUGAAGGUCAUCUCCGGACUAGAGUUUCUCGAAUAUUUGGCUCGACUUCACUCAAAAAAGACGCUCCUCUUAUUUAUAUUAAUGAUAAAAUGACAUCCAGAUAUUAUCUAAUAUUCUGUCAUAAUGUCUUAGAGUUGAAUAGUCAGGGCACAGGUCGUAUAUUUGUGGUUUUUAUGGGCUGAUAUUGAUCGGGUCAUUUGGGGACACAGUAGCCUUUCCUCACUGUCCUGCUCCUUUAACACGGUGUGAGUGUCGGCACUUUGAUUUUCCAUAUAUGGGCAUGGGUACGUGACACAUACAACUACAUUAAGUUUAACCUGAAUCAAAGAAAAUCAAUUUACUUUCAUUUUCAGGUAAUUUAGUCCUUCACUGUCUCUGUUGUCAGUUGUCUAAUGGUGAAUAAUUUCGCAUUUAUUACUUUAAAUCGAGUUGAUAUUGUCAAGUUUAUAAGCUGCAUGUUUACUGUCAGUUAUAAGACUUUUGGCUGUAGAUGUUUUUAGUUAUUAACAUACAUGUACUUUCAGAGUUUUGAUGUUAACUGUUAUUGUAACAAAAUAGUGUGUUUUAGGGAUGCAACUAGGGCCCGACUGAUAUGGAUUUUUUGGGGCAGAUGCCGAUACCGAUUAUUGUCCCAGAUUUAAGCGUUUCAUGAAUGAGAACAAAAAUGUUGCAUGUGGGCUCGAACAACGGUUAUUACAGUAGCCCAAUGGGUAGGAUGCACAAGUAAGCAGUCCUGAACAACAGUUUUUACGGGGGUCAUUACAAAGGGCGUGCGUUGCUACUAAAUAGUACCGAGAUGUUGUCUGUGAUUGAUAUCCUGUUUGCCAUCAGAGGACUCCUCAUGUUCAUCUGUUGGUUGUCAUUUGUGUGAGAUCCUCAGAAGACAGCAGGUGUUAUAAAUCAGAGGUGACGUCCGUCUUUGUGAGGUUACACUUAGUCCCAGCUGACCCGCAGGUCUACUGAGGACAGUUUAUUCUCCAUCUGGCUCUUUAAAGGUGACAAUAAAGUUUGUACCUCUUGAUGCCGGGCCACUUUUACUCCAUUAGGUUAGGUCAGGUGAAGCUUGAAUACUUCAGAUGAGCAGCUGCUCGAGAGGUCACAUGACUAACACUUGGUGUCACCACUUCCAACAGAAACGUUGCUAUGCGGCUGCCAGGAGGAGUGAUGCUCUGACUGAACCGCUCCCAGUCCCCAAACCCAAAGUUGCAGCGGCACCCCUCCCUCCUCAAAAUGUCCAGGUAUGCACCACUCUCUCUCUCUCACUCUCUCUCUCUCUCUCUCUCUCACUCUCUCUCUCUCUCUCUCUCUUCCUCUGAUUAAAAUGGUCCAGGGUGUCCACAGAUCAAUCACACACAUUUUCCUCUUCAGGUGUCCAAGCUUCCGAACGGACUGGUCAUCGCUUCGCUGGAGAAUUACUCCCCCAUGUCCAGUGUCGGCGUGUUUGUGAGGGCUGGGAGUCGCUUUGAGACUGUGGAAAACCAGGGCGUCUCUCAUGUGUUGCGACUGGCAGCUAACCUGGUAAUUUACAGAUGAUUUGUAAAGGUGUAAUUCUGCUUUCAAACACCUUGAACCUUUAGUUAUAAGUUUAGAGAUUUGGUACAAUUUGAGUGUUUUUUUGUUUUGCAGACCAACAAGGGUGCGUCCGGCUUCAAGCUCUGCCGCAGUGUGGAGGCAGUGGGAGGCAGCCUGAGGUCAGUGAGGGGAAACUCUUCCUCUCUCUCUCUCAAAUACAUGCAGAUAGACUUGAAUGUAAAUAAUGUGGCUGAUAUCUCAGUGAAAUAAAUUCAUUGUUUAUCUGCAGUGUGACAUCAUCCAGAGAGACCAUGGUCUACAGCGCAGAGUGCCUAAGAGAUCACCUGUAAGUGCUGCCCUCUGCUGCCCUCUGUAUUCUGUUGAGUCCUGGUACGAUCAUGUUUGACUCCACUGUCUCUUUUGGAUGUGUGUUUAUUUUCAUGUGUUUGUUUGUGUUCGCAGAGAUUCAUUAAUGGAGUAUCUGGUCAAUGUAACGUCAGCUCAGGAUUUUCGACCAUGGGAGGUGAAUGACCUGACACCUCGUGUGAAGAUCGACAAGGCUCUGGCUCAGCAGUGUCCUCAGAUAGGUGAGUCCCGAAGAAGCUGUGGCGAACGUCAAUGUCGCUCAUGGAAAUCUGUGAUGGUCGACACAACAUCAAAAUUCCUCACGGUUUAUUUUCUGUUUCUCUUUCGCAGGUGUAAUCGAGGCGCUGCACCAAGCGGCGUACAAAAACGCCUUGUCCAACUCUCUGUACUGCCCUGACCACAUGGUCGGACAUAUCUCCUCUAACCAGGUAUGACGCGUGUUUUUGUUGUGAAGAAAAUUCCCCCCUCUCUGAGUCAUUCUGUGCUAGUUUACAGACCUGAACUCUUGCGUAUCCUCUCCUUGUAGCUGCAGUCGUUUGUUGAAAACAAUUUCACCACUGGCAGAAUGGCCCUUGUAGGACUAGGUGAGUGUUUUCUAGCGCUGCUUUGUGUCACUGCAUCAUUGUGUCACAGUUGCUCUGCUGUCUCGGCUUGACUUUUACUAAAGACACUUUCUUUGAUGCUAAAAAAAUUGUGCACUUGUGGAAAUGUGUUGUGCUUGACUGCAGCAGGACAUUAAUGUCAGUGUUUUCUGGUUUAUGCAUCCAGGUGUAAAGCACUCAGUCCUGAGGCAGGUGGGCGAGGGGCUCCUGAGCUCUCGCAGUGGGGCUGGAGCUCCUGUGGCUAAGGCUGUGUACCGUGGAGGUAAAACUCAAACUCUGAAGCAGAAUUACAUUCUUAGAUAUUUACCACUGCCUUAGAGUCUUGAUGUUAAUGUUUGCAUGUGCUUACGUGAAGGUGAGCUGAGAGUGCAGAACAACGACGAUCUGGUCCACACCCUGAUCGCCAGCCAGGGUGGUGUCUCAGGGAGUGCAGAAGCUAAUGCCUUUAGCGUGCUGCAAAGGGUCCUGGGAGCUGGGCCGCAUGUGAAGAGAGGUGCCAACAUCACCAGCAAACUGAGCCAGGGUAUUGCUAAAGCUACCACACAGCCUUUUGAUGUAAGUCUGAAACAAAGAAGAGCCAAAAAAAGAACCCUGACGUGUUGCGUUUGUUGUAAAAGCUGAAUUUUUGUGUCCUCUAAUCGUCUUUUCAGGCCACAGCUUUCAAUGCCUCGUACUGUGACUCCGGCCUCUUCGGCGUCUAUACCAUUGCACAAGCUGACUCUGCAGGAGAGGUAAAUGCAAAAACAAAUCCAUCUAAAGUGUGAAAACACGACAGAAUCUCCUCUUUACUGAGGAUCAUGCUUGUUUCUGUGCUCUGCAGGUGAUCAAAGCUGCCCUCGCUCAAGUUCAAACUGUGGCUGAGGGAAAUGUUUCAGAGGCCGACAUCACCAGAGCAAAGUGAGUACAGUGAGGAAAUGCUGGACCACAGAUGUGAAGUAGUUUGAGACGCAUCUUUAAAUCAGUUUUUUCUGUGUAGGAACCAGGUGAAAACAGAGUACCUGAUGUCUAUAGAGAGCUCUGAGAGUUUGUUGGAAGAGAUUGGAGCUCAGGCUCUCACCACUGCAGCGUACCAAGCCCCCGACGCUGUUCUCCAAGCUCUAGAUGCCGUCACCCAUGAAGAUGUGGUCAAGGUCAGUAUCUUUCUUUGUGCAGUUUGAUUGUCACAGUUGAGAGAGUUGAGGCUGGUUUCAAACACACUGGGACGAUCUGCCCACUCCUCGGUUCUUCCUUAUUCUGGUGUUUUUCAGCUCAUUGAUUAUACUUCACUGUUUUGAUUAACUCUCAUUGAUCCCAUUAAGCUCAUUUUCAGCAGCAGGCAGCUGUUUCCAGUAAAACAGCAGGCUGCUCAUUCGAGAUAAAACAAGCUUAAAUUUAAAACAUACUCCUCCUGUACAUGGUGGGAUUAUAUUAAGCAGCACUUGUGUUUAAAAUCAUCAAACUGAAUGACAAAUUAGUCUAAACCGAGGCUUAUGAAUUAAAAAUCACAAAAAUGGGAUUGAGCGGAUCAUGGUCCCAAAAAAUGUCAUGAUGUAAAUGAAGGAAAUUACAGUAUGACUCCCUUGAUAUUGUUUUAAUGCAUGAUAACAUUUUUAAAAAGGUGCAAAUCAGGUAAUAUAGGCUUCUGUGUAGAUUCAGGGCUACAUAAACUAUGGAAUAUGUGGUUUAUGUUAACCUGGAAAAGAAUCAAUUAUUGGCAAAGAGUUGAUGUUUUUAUUUUAAAAUAUUGAAUACUUGUUACAGUUUUUUUUUUUGCUAAAUCAAGCUGCAACCUCCUGCACUGAAAACUUACACCCACUAGACUGUAUUGGGUGUCUCACUCAGUGUUACGAUGUGUUUGACCCAAAAUUAAUUUACACUGGAAUAUCCCUUUAAGUCGCCGCCAAAGUACAAAUAUCUACUGCUCUUUAAGUGUCCGCCUGCACUUGCUGCAAAAGCUAAAGAAACUUCAUCAGAUUUCAUAUUAAAAUGAGCAUUUUUACUCCAAAUUGAACAUGUCUGCAGCCCAAUAUAGAGAAGUGUUUGUUAUGUAUCGCACACAAAUUUUAUGAAUUCUAUCCUACAUUUGCAUGAGUUGAGACUGAAACAUUGAUUUAUUCUGUCUACUUACAUAUUCCUGCAUGUGUCCUACUUUUUACCUCAAACCACUUUGACCUGCAUUUACAGCUUUUUACAACAGAUGCAGACACAGAGAACAAAACUGUUCUUUCACAACAAUGCAUCAGGUGGUUACAUACAGGCUUCCCUUUAAACAGGAGAUGCUGCGUAAUAUGUGAACUGGUGUGAUUUAGUGCUCCUGUGAUGUACGAACCUCUGCGGUUCCAGUGUCAAACCACAGCUGAGUCAUUGUAGAAAGUCACGGUAGCAUAAACAUCAUUCAAGCAGAUUCCUGAAUGAUAGUUUUUAAAAAAGCAUGAGCGUAUAGAUUUGUAAUUAACAACCCUGUCAUUUUCCUCACAGGCCGCAACAAAAUUUGUGGAUGGCAAGAAGACCAUGGCAGCUAGCGGACACCUCAUUAAUACACCGUUUGUGGACGAAUUAUGAGAGAAAUACUAAGAAAAAAAAAAGUGAUUUUAACGUGGGCAUGCUGCUGUGUCCGGCUGCUUUAAAAAGGAAGAGGACCUCAAAGCCACAGCUUCCUGCGACAAUGCGUUUAAUGUCACCAAUCAUUUGUAGUCUGUCCUGCAAUACUUGUAAGCACCAACAUGGAGCUGGAAAACCACAAUGCAAUUUCUUUUGUCCAUUUAACUGUAUAUCUAUGUAAAUUAAAGACAUGACAGUAAUAACAGCUGGUUAUGGCUUGAAUUUGUAUGUCUGGUACUGUAUUGGAGGGCUGUGGGGUGAAAAAGUGGUUAAAAGUCGUCUCAGGCUGCAGAUAUUUUUAGCUCGGGAAAGAUUCAUUUCCAUGUGAAACCCAACAGGGGGAGCCAAAAACACAUCUCAAUAUACCUUCUAAUUUGAGAGUGGGUGCUAAAUUUAGACUACAGCCACCUUGUUUUUGCCUGUGAAAGAAGCAGAGAGAUUUUGAUCUUGAGUCAAGGUGGCAAUUUCAGCAAAAUGCUCAUGAGGAAUCUGAAAAAAUAACCCAUAUUUGUUACUUUUUAUCUAUGUGACUAUAAGGGUAGAGUUUUGUAUUGAGAAGCAUCUAAUUGUUUUAACUUCUGUUCAUCAUUAUGCAUCAGAAUUCACUGGAGAAGCAUUUGUUUGCAUGUUUUCUAUUAAUCUUGUAAUGACAUCUGUUGGAUUAAUACAGUGGAGUAAUAAAACCAUGUUUUUCAUGUGUAUACAUAUAUAGUACAAA